UACCAAUUAUCCUUUGGCUAUAUACUCUUUUUUUCCUACCUAUCUUUAAUCUGUUGAUUUAUGUAUAGGUAUAUGUAUUUAUUAUAUUUCAUUUAUAUUUUCUUUUAAGAUAUUCCUUAUUAAGGUAUUAUCACAGCCAUGUCUUCACAACUAAUUGAUAAAUUUAAACAAUUAGAUGCUUAUGCAAAAACUUUAGAAGAUUUCCGAAUUAAAACCGCUACAGGUGCCGCUAUAACUGUAACUGGUGCUUUUAUUAUGAUAUUAUUAUUUUUGUCGGAACUUCACACCUAUAUGUCGCCCAAUAUUUCAGAAGAAUUGUUUGUAGAUACAUCGAGGGGACAUAAAUUACGGAUAAAUUUCGACAUUAUUGUUCCCACUAUUUCUUGUAAUUAUUUAGUUCUGGAUGCAAUGGACUCAUCGGGUGAGCAACAUCUACAAAUGGAUCACAAUAUACACAAAAGAAGAUUGGACUUGGAUGGAAAUCCAAUAGAAGAACCAAAGAAAGAAGAAAUUGCUCUCAGUUCUACCACUGUAAAACAAAAUAGUUCAGAAAUUGUAAAAGUGACUUGUGGAAGCUGUUAUGGUGCUGCUUUCAAUGAAUCUCAGUGUUGCAAUACUUGUGAGGAUGUAAAAGAAGCAUAUAGACUAAGAAGAUGGGCAUUACCUGAUUUGACAACUAUUGAACAAUGUAAGGAUGAUGAAUCUAUUGAAAAAACCAAUUCUGCUCUUAAAGAAGGUUGUCAGAUUUAUGGUUACAUGGAAGUAAAUAGAGUAGGAGGCAGUUUCCAUAUUGCACCAGGCAAGAGUUUUACAAUCAAUCAUGUUCAUGUACAUGAUGUACAACCAUACUCAUCUUCAGUAUUUAAUACAACACAUAUAAUACGACAUUUGUCAUUUGGGACAAACAUUAAAAGCGCUAAUACUGCUCCACUAGAUGGAGCCAUUGGAUUGGCAAAAGAAGGUGCUGUAAUGUUCCAAUAUUAUCUAAAAAUAGUCCCAACAAUGUAUAUAAAGCUAGACAAGACAGUUCUAUACACAAAUCAAUUUUCAGUAACUAGACACCAAAAAUCCGUCUCUAGUAAUCAUGCUGAAUCUGGUAUGCCCGGAGCGUUUUUCAGUUACGAACUAUCGCCUUUAAUGGUCAAAUAUACAGAAAAGGAAAGAUCUAUUGGACAUGUGGCUACAAAUAUAUGUGCAAUAAUAGGAGGCGUUUUCACAGUUGCUGGUAUUCUCGACACUCUUCUGUAUCAUUCUCUUAAUGCUUUUCAAAACAAAAUUUUACUUGGCAAAACUGGUUAAAUAAAUCAAAGAGUUUUAAGAAAUAUAUUAAAAUUACUUA